UUUACCGUCGAUCCCGUCGAUCAACAGUCGUAGCGAAACAGACACCUGUGAAACACCGUAAACUACACUUGUUUGACAACAAGAAUAAUCAAUUUCAACUCCGCAUUUACAGUUAGCGUGAUUUUUUUACGAGAAGCAGUAGCUUAAGUGCUUCUGGUGAAAAAUAACGCUCUCAUGUACGGUAAAACACGGUUGUUUCUCCGGUAGAAAUAAGGUGAAGGGUAUUUGGGGCGUGUUACUUUUUCAUUGUUUUUCGUAACGCGAGGUGUGUCGCGAUGAAGUCGUUUGGUGUUGUAUUCGUUGUAGCCUUACUCCAAACAGUAACGGCUCAAAGAACUCCCACAAUAUCUCACAUAUCACAGGAGCAAAUUAAAGAUAUCGGAGGUGUAGUCGACCUGCAUUGUUCGGUACAAUAUGGACAAGAGUUUCCGGUUCUGUGGAUAAAAGGAGUAGGAUCGGAUCAAGUGCCUAUAUCAACUCAAACGACUCUCAUUCUUCGUGACAGCAGAUUUUCCCUCCGUUACGACACAACCUCAUCAACUUAUACUCUUCAAAUAAAGGACAUCCAGGAAACGGAUGCUGGUUAUUAUCAGUGCCAAAUUGUCAUAACAUCAACCAACAAAAUAUCAGCUCAAGUCGAACUGCUUGUGCGCAGACCUCCGUUCAUCAGUGACAAUUCUACGCGUGCACUAGUCAAAACUGAAAGAGAGGAGGCUGAACUCCACUGUUACGCCGGAGGUUUCCCACCUCCUAAGAUCACGUGGCGUCGCGAGAACAACGCUAUUCUGCCCACCGGUGGCUCUACUUACCGAGGAAAUGUACUGAAAAUUCCGUCAGUGCGUAAGGAGGAUCGUGGAACGUAUUACUGCGUCGCUGACAACGGUGUCGGUCGUGGAUCAAAACGGAACAUUAAUUUGGAAGUUGAAUUCGCCCCCGUCAUUACAGCACCCCGUCCACGACUAGGUCAAGCUCUCCAGUUCGACAUGGACCUCGAGUGUCACGUCGAAGCUUAUCCACCGCCGGCAAUAACAUGGCACAAAGAUGAAGUACAAAUUUCUAACAAUCAGCACUACAGCAUAUCGAACUUUGCUACCGCCGACGAAUACACCGAUACGACUCUUCGUGUUAUUACUAUUGAGAAAAGACAGUAUGGCAAAUUCGUAUGCAAGGCACAAAACAAAUUGGGAGUGGAUGAAACCACGGUCGAACUUUUCGAAACGAUUAUUCCCGUUUGUCCGCCCGCAUGCGGUCAAACACAACAGCACGCAGCUGGAGCACUUCCGGUAUCUUCGGGCCCGUUGAUUACCCUUUUCUUAUUAAUCACGAUGAUUGUAAGAAAUCUCAACACCAAAUAUUAAUUAUCCGGGAGUACUCUGGGCAGCGGGAUAUCGUUGCGCACCGACCAAUUGGCUCCACGUACUUCUAAGUAUCUUCAUUGUUGCUAAAUCGUCGAUACCCCGAGUCAACAGCCUGAUCGACAUUAUUUAGAGGAAAUAUUGUAACUCGUUCGUAUAUCGUUGUCUAUUUGAGCAACGAAAUACAUUUCGAGGUAGCAAGUAUAAUUGAAUAACAUACUAACGUAGAAAGGAGUCGCGGAAUUAACGAGCGUUCGUUAAAGAUCUAAGCGACUUGUAUGUAAAUGGAAAAAACCGUGGCGUAGUUCCAUUUUAUUAGGUUAUUUGCACUCGUAGUAAAUCGUUGAAUGAGCAGGCUCAGUGUUGUCGCUGAUUCGAUGAGGAUAGACGGAAAUAACAAAAAAAAUGAAUUACAAAAAACAGUAAGGGAACAAAAGUUUAACGAGAAUCUCAUGUAUUCGUCGAGCACGUAAAUUAAGAUUAUCGAAAGAGUUUUUUGUAAAUGACCAAAAUGCGAGAGGACAACGAAUCUCAUAAAAGUUCGAUCGAAGAAUUCCACACGAUUAAGAGGACCACGCCUACUUGGUACGAGAGACGAAAAAAUCGUGUUGAAUAUUUCAAAUCAGAUAAUUAUUUCAAGUAUUUCGUUAAUCAUCGCAAUAUUUUGACGCACAAAUUUCUGUCCUUGAGCUUCAUUUUUUUAUUAGGUUUUCUGAUGAAGCAUUGACAUUUGAUAUAUUUUGGUUCCAAGCGUGACGUUCCUCAAAAGAAAACGAUUUUUAACGUACAAUGACGCCAGCGUUGAUCACUUUUUAAUGGUGCACUCGGCAUCGUGUUCAAAGCGUUUCGACCGAGAAACGAGAGUACUCUGAACGUAAAAUAUGGGGCCAUUAGAUCUAGGACGAUAAAAAUGGUUGUACAUUUAUAAAACCAUAUCAAGUCGAUUCGAUUUUAGUUUUUUCCUCUCAUAAGUACCUUUAACAUAUCGUCAGGGUUUAUGAAAAAUUAACAAAUUUUAAACAUACGGAUUUACUCAUACGAACACACGUUUUUUCAAAGAUGCGUGGGGAAACAUAUCUCCAAUGAUGAAUAUAUUUUUUUUGACAUUGUUUUUAUUUGUUUGUUUAAUAUUAAUGUAACUCGCGUAGCUGUAAAUGAAAAGAUAGGAUCUCGAAGCAAUUUUUGCAUCACUUUUACAUCUACCUUUUUACCAAUCGACCAAUUUUUCAAUUUUGAUAACCAACGUUUUUUAUCAUUCGUCUGCUAAUUUAGCGCCCAUUUUGACAAUACUAUUGUGAAUCGAGAUUAAUAAAAUGUUUACAAAUUA